AUGGCCAUCACAGGAAGUUUGAAUUCAGCCAAUUGGUCCCAGGGACUUCCCCAUACUGCGUUCUUUCGGAGACUCCUUUUUCUGGCCCACGAGGGAGAUGAGGUUGCCCUGAACGAUCUCGAAAACGACAUUCAAGCAACACCUUCUCGUCUACUCCGUGACACUCUCCGCUAUCGCGAUACUCUCAGAGAGCUAUUUGGCCCAGAUCUGGACCACCGUGGUAUUGUCCGCGAAGAGAACCGCUUCGUCAUCAUCCUCGCCCCAGGAGACUAUGAGUUCAUGGUGGCCCUCUGCGCUGUUCUGGCAAUUGGUGCAGCUGUGAUUCCACUCGCAACUACACUUCUCCCCGAGGAGGUGCUUUACUUCCGCGAGAAGUUCAACAACGCUUUUGUACUCACUGGAUCGAACGAGACCGAUCUUCUCGCCAAUGUACGACAGCAAUUUAAAGCAACCGGAGCUGAGGACCAGGCUGUUCCCAUCCAACUUCCAUCGCCUUCAAAAUCCCCCGCACACCUUUAUCUUGACGAAAAUGUCUCGUUCCACUCAGAACGCCCAGCCAUGGCACUGUUCACCUCUGGCACCACAGGACCUCCCAAAGGCCUGAUCCACUCGAUACGGUACUUCGAUGCGUUUGUUCGCGAGCUUGGAAGCUCAAAGGAUGUUUUCCUAUUCCGACGUCCUAUUCACAACGGAGUCGGCGUCACCGAUGUCAUACGGUUCAUGUUGCGUGGUAACCGCGUCGACAUGAUGGACUGGAACUCUGGCGCAGAGCGCAUCUGGAAGCACCUGCAACAGGAGAAAGUGACAGCCCUGACAGGAUCACCGGACUUUUGGAUUCAAAUCAAGGAGCACUUUGAGAAGGAGAUUAGCAACGGUCCCGCCGAGACAUUACGGCAAUCCGAAGAAGCCCUCCAAAGACUCCAAACCACACGGAGCAGUGGUGCCUUGACAAUGCCAUCAACAAAGAAGUUCUAUCGCAAGCACAUGGGCGGGAGAGGAUUUGUGAUUCGGUUUGGAACAACGGAAACCGGACCAAUUGGGCUGGAAACAUCUCCUGAAGACCAGGAUGAUUCCCUUCAUGUCAUCGGCAGACCCUUGCCUGGUGUUGAGGCCAAGCUGGCCAAUGGUGACCACAGUGAGCUGUUGAUGAAAACACCCACCAUGUUUGUUGGGUACUGGCAAAACGAAAAGGCCACACGCGCUGUAUUCGACGACGAAGGCUGGUACCACACUGGUGAUCAAGCCUACAUGCAAGGAGACAUGUUUGUGGUUGAAGGUCGCGCCAAAGAGGACUUCAUCAACUGCGAUAGCUACAAAGUCCCCAUUUACGAGGUCGAGACCGCAAUCUCCAGCUUAGGAUACAUCUCGGAGUCGCAUGUUGUCCCAAUCACCGACUCCCGGCUGGGAAGUCGUGUAGCAGCUGUUGUGACCUAUCGCGAUGUUCCCGACACAGUGCCCGAGAAAACAUUACAGGCCCUGCGUCAAGACCUUUCCGGGACGUUGCCAAUUAGCAAACUGCCUACCAUGCUGCGAGUUCUGAGCGGCGAGGAAUCCUUCCCGCGCAACUCUGGAGGAAAGGUCGUCAAGCGAAAGCUCAAAGAAACAUUCUUCCCACAAUCUCAUGAUCCAACGUUGGACGAGAUGCCCGCGGAAGUUCAGAUUUGUGAUUUCUACUCCAAGACUGCCCCUCGAGCUCCCAAGUGCUGGGAUUGGGCGGGACUGAAUUGCUGA